AUGACAGGUGAGUGGACUCCAAAGACCAAGGCCAUGGACGUACAAACUGUGAGCACAGCCCUUUCAGAAGAGAACCGCCUGGCGGAUGAGCAGUGUGCAAAGUUAGAGAAGACAGCCAUAAAGAUUCAGUCAUGGUGGCGAGGCAACGUGGUCCGACGAACACUACUGCAUGCGGCACUUGGAGCGUGGGUCAUCCAGUGCUGGUGGAGGUCGGUGCAAACCAAGUUGCUGGAGCAAAGACGGUGCUUGGCACUAAAACUCUAUACCUGCCAGGAAUGGGCAGUGGUGAAGAUGCAGGCACGUGUCCGCAUGUGGCAGACCCGCAGACGAUUCCUCCAGGCACGCCAAGCAGCCCGCAUCAUCCAGUCUCACUGGCGCUGGUAUGCCAGUCAAACCCGAGGCGUGAUCCGGGGUCACUAUGAGGUCAAAGCCAGACGGCUGGAGCUUGAUAUCGAAAUUCUUAUGACCUAG